AUAACAAUUUGCUUUACAGUGAUAAAAUGUUGUUGAGCUGUAAAUAUGAUUGGUUUCUCCAGUCGGCACUCAGAAAUUUUUUUAAAUACAGGCACGUUUAAUCUAGAGACUAAAAAGAGUACAUUUAUAGAGGUUUAUGCGGUUUAAAUAGUUAAUAGUAUAAAGCUUGUUGAGUUUUUUUUAGUUGUGAAUAUUUUGAACUAAAUUUUUCAAUAUUGGCAUGGUGCGAUGCAACCUAUAUCAUCUUUCUUUGGGUUAGAACUGAGGGCAGCAGUGAAAAUUAUUUGCAAAAGCUUUAUAAUAUUGAGUUCAAUAACCCUUGCUGUAAAUCUCUAUCAGCUUGAUUAUGAAGGGCCUAGACAAGAGUCCAUACUUGCGUUAGGAGUGGUUUUCCUGUUCCUGACCCUUCUCACUGCCUCAGCUUUCUUGGGACACUCAGGGGCAGAUCGAGAUAGGCUAUGCCCGGUCCUUUUGUCACUCUGUUUCCUAGUCUUAGCUGUCAUCCAUUGGAUUGUCCUCGGGGUCCUGUCCAUGCAGAAAGGAGACCCUCAUCUGAUGUGGACCGUGUGUCUCCAGAAUCGUUGUGCCGAGUCCCUCUGGACCAUAGAUUUGGGAUAUAGGAUUGUACCCACGAACCACCAAGUGAAUACGUUUCUGGAAAGGAAAAAAGUACCACACCCUUACUGGUCUAUGGUGGAAGGACGUGUUGCCGCUGAGGCAAGGGAAUUCGACACGGGACCCGUGUGGUUCACUUCUGGACCUCACCGAAGAACACAUUCAUCUAGAGACAGAGGGGUUUUCGAACGAAACUCUGACCACGACGAUUAUGACGAUCUGACUGUGACUAACAGUCCGGCGGACUUCUGGCAGAGAUUCACCGAGAGAGAUUACGAGAGUCAGGACCCAUCUUCGGGCAUGUCAUUGUUCCUCACCCUCAUCUUCUACUUGGCGCUCUUUGUAUAUUUCUUCAUCUGUGCUACAGUCAUCUGCAGCUACAGCGCCCAGCUGUAUGAUGAGUACAGAAUGUAUAACGAUAACUACGCACAGGAAGACGUAAAGCAUGAAGAAGAAGAAGUACAGACGCAGUUAAGGAGGGAGAAUGUACAGUAGAGCUCUGUGUCAAUAAUCAAUAAAAUAUCAGUGCAGGUUGUUA